AUGCAAGCCCGAUGUGACCGCAGUCUACGCCUGGUUCCACCGAUCCUCGGACGCAAACAGAUGAUCUACCUCGCGAAAUCAGCCACCGCCCACGGCGUGGUGAACCUGGACCCUGGCCUCCCUCCAUGGCGUCCCAUCACUGUCCAGAGUGCCUUCAGCAGCCGCCUCUUCACCGUUAUACGGGAUUACAUCUCCCCCUGCAUACCCAACGAAGAGAUGCAACAUGGCUUCCAGCGUGACCGCACUGUGCAGGAUGCAGUUGUGCUCACCUCCCUACUCCUCGAACGCGCCGAACGCCGGCAGGAAGAGCUAUUUCUCAUCUCCAAGGACUGCUUAAAAUGUUUCGAUCGCAUCCCUGGCUGGGUGAUGGAGUACAUCUACCCUUUCGGAUGGCUCGACGGCGGCAUACGUGAAUUCGGACUCGGCCAGGGUUCCAUCCUAGCAGUCAUGCAUAUUGGCUACUAUAUGGAUGUUCUCAUACGCCAACAACAGGGCGGCACCGACUCUGUAUACAUCACGCACAGUCAACACCCUCACGGCACCCAAACACGCACCAUCUCCAGUCUACUCUUCGUCGACGACGCUCUCGAUGUCUCCACCACAUAUGCUGGCAUCCAAGACCGUGCCACCGUAUCCAACCAAUUCACAGGACAAACCGCAUCGGGCGGAGUUUUCGGUGCGGACAAAUCCUUCCUCAUCUACCUCUCCCCCCAGGCCCACCCCGCUAUAGCCCUCAAUGAUGGGCUUGGAAAACCCCAACCCAUACAGGCCGAUGCUAUUGCCCCACGAGGCCUUGGAAAAAAGGAACUCCAGUACAUCAUAAACGCUGUUUGGAUUCCCAGCGCCCUCUACCGCACAGCGAUCAGUGAUGCCAUUAGUAUCGGCCCUGCCCUCGACACACUGUUCCGCAAGACGGCACGCCGCGUUCUCCGUUUACCACAUGACCACCCCAAUGCGUGGUUCUACGAUCCUAAGGACGGACUAGGCCUCGUCCACUGCGAACGCUUCAGCCACAGCCAGCGGCUCUACCAAUUCCUUCGGAUUGCCAACGACAGAGGCUCGCCUGCUCACGACAUCCUCAUGGAAUCCCUGGAAGCAUACCAACUAGCGAGCAGCCUCACGGACCACCCACUGGCCUUUCGCAUCCCACCACCCACCUCGGACACUACCUUCCUUGGUACACUGCACCAACCCCGCGCCAGCCGCCCUCAUCGUCCCAACGAUCGGCCCAUCUGGGCUCACCUCACCCCCGCUCUAGGCACCACCCUCAUUUCGCUUAACCGCUCCCACAACAUCAAAGUCCGAUGGUUUGGCUGGUCCCGCGCAACACUCCAACGCUUUGCCCCCAUCUGGGAUGCCAUCCCCAUUGCUACGCCGACUGACCCAACCAUAACACUCCCGCAACUGACCCUCCCAUGGGCCCAACCCCUCGGCCGCACAUUCUUCACUCCCUCACGUGGGUUCGACGCCAUCCACAUCCCGCUCCAUGCCAUGCUCGUCGUCCCGCACCACCUUAACCACCAGGACGGCCGACCUGCCACACUCAGCUACCGCAUAGGAAGGCGCACCAGCCUCCAAACCGCCACGCUCCUACCGGCCCCGAAAUUGCCGUCACCUUCUGGCAUGAAAUCCGUAGGGGUUCCGACAUCUGCUGGGGACCUCAUCCGCACCAGCCGCGCCCAACGCCACAAGUUCAUCCCCUGGAACGACACGACAUGA